CUGGUAAACUCAAUUUACUAUAGCUAGGUAUUUAAAACAUGAUUCUCUAGUUUCGUGAUUCUGUGUAAAACCGUGGGUGCCGUUAACAUGCGCUGUUACACAACACAAUUUGACUGUCAAAGACAAAUCAAGCAUGCAGGCACUUUAGACGUUAAAAAGGUUCAGAUCUCGCCAAACUCCAACAGCUAACUGAAACACCUGCACUGCUAGGAGAAACAAUACAUCCAACCUACCUACUCAAAUCUAGGAAGACAGUCUAUCUAUGCUCCAGACCAGUUAGGUACCUAUUCAGCGCAGAAAAGCCAAUCUUGGGUGCUGGCAGUUAGCAAGAGCUACUACCUUAUACCGUACUACCUUAGCUUAGGUAGGUACCUUACUGAGGUAGACUAAGGUACCUUACCUACGAACUUGAGACUUGCGACUACGACCCCAAAGCGGCUCGCGACUGAUUUGACUGGGACUUGCUUGGAUUUGCUUCUCCUCAUCCUUGCCUCAUUUUUUGUUCCGUUCCCUACCUACUCAACCGAAUGAUUCUAUCUUCGUACACGUCUCCCUAUCCCGACCGUCGCUUUGGCAUCUCUCUCAUCUCUUAGGCCCCAGUUUAUAGCCUCCUUUUUAGCUCCUGCUGAUCGACGCUAUCCAUUCGAGCACAUCCUACAUCGGCGCAUCUGCAUGCCCAGCGCAUCGCAUCGCAUUACCCCAGUCGCAUCGUCUGUUGAGACGAAGGUCGUUCCACUGAGGGAGGACCUUCUCCUUCUGCUCCUCGAUCUAUCCAUCUGCUUCAUUGUUCUCUCCUCGCCGUUGAGUCAGCCUAGUUGCCACGCUGCCCCCCGCUCGAUCAUCAUGGCUGCCGAGGCCACCGGCAAUGAGGCUGCCACCCCGCCCAAGCGCAGACUCACCUUCCUCGAUCUCCCAGCUGAAACCCAGCAUGACAUCCUGUCGCAUGUUCGUGACUAGAUUCACAAUGCUGUACCUCUUGCGACAUUGCUGACGACCCCAUAGUGCUCCCAGUCUGAGUUGAUAUGUUGCGCUCUUGUAUCUCGGCACUUUCAUGAGUUGGCAUCUGCGCAGCUCUAUCGUAGCUUCAACAUCCUCUUUCCUGACGACGAUGAUGUUAGGUUCGAAUCUCCAAUCGAUGGCCUUGCGGGUGGCCUUGACACCUUCACUACGAGCGAAUACAACUACGCGAAGCACCUGAGAGAACUAUCUAUGGAUACAGUGAGCACUGGUGUGAAGGCCGAGCAUGCCUACAAGCCGUAUCUGUAUAGUGCCAGUUGUGGCAAGUUCCUUAAUACUUUACUCUAUCUGACUCUUAAGAAAGCCAAGUCACUUGAAUCUUUUAGGUGGAACAUUCGCGUUGAGUUGAGCAGGCCUGUCUUUCGUGAGCUUCACAAGAUCAAAACUUUGACAAAAUUCCACAUUCGCCUCCAAGCCGGGGAUACAUACUACAUCACACCACCUCCUCUCCCUCUCAGCAUUGACGCUCUACCUCCGGCCUCAACUCACUGGCCAGAUAUCCCCCCUCCUCCGCCUGGGCCUCCCCCAGGAGUGUUUUCAGCCCCACUGGCCGGUGCCAUGACAUCUCUGCCAGUCAUCACCUCACCACCUCCUCUGUUGCCACCGUCCAAGCAAUCCUGCAAAGCAAAGGGAAGUAAGCGAGACUCUGUGACACAGGAGCCCCCAACGCUCUCGGGUUUUAAAAAACUGAAAAGUCUUUCCGUUCUCGAUAUCGACAAUCUCGAAUUGGUAACGGAGCUCAAGGCAUGCGUGCGAAAUUCUUCCGCCACACUUACCGAACUGCAACUUUCUCUUUCUGAUAGUCUGGGCCUACAAGCUAGACGACCGCCACCUGACUCGGACCCAGACGAUUCUGAUGUCGAUGAUGAGUUUCAGGUGGUUCCCGUUUCCCAUAACACCAGCUUCGACACUAGUGGCCCUGCGAAGACGUUUCGCUCCCAGGAAGAGCGUAAACUUCAAGAGGGCAUACUGGGAAGAAUAUUUGAUGUCGAGCCUUUUAUUACCAAGAAACCUGCGCUUAUCCAGAGUCCUCGCGAGGCGGCAACCAGUCAAGAGGAUGAUCAAGAAGCCGGCACUAACGACAAUUCAGAAGAUCCUCGUGAAGAAUUUGUGUCAUCGAUCCGCAGUGUUUCAACAAGACUAAUGUCACAUAUAAAUGGCACUCGUGACUUCUCGACAGCCCAGCAGGAUAUUUUGGAUGUGAUUGAAAAGGCAGCAAGAAAAUACGUGGAUUCAUGUGAGCUCCCUUCUCAGUCGAACAACGAACCAUCCGGUAGCACCUCAGCGGCACCUGAGAACGAUGAGGGGCCACAGAGUGAUGAGAGUGGUGGAUCGAAGCCAACGAUAGCGGAAUCAAAUUUGACCCCGUUGUCUAAGAAUAACGACCCAAACAAGGAUACAUCACCAGACGAUAUCGAAAUUGAGCAUCUGGAUACCAUAGAUGAGUUGGAGGUGGAUUUGGACGAACAACAGACCAAGGACAUUGGGGAGAAGGAAGUUGCAGUCAAAGAAUCAGAAACUCCAGAAGCAGUUGCUGGUCCCUCUGGCUUACCCUCGAAGACACCGGAUGCUAACCCAGACCCAUCAACGACGCCAGGGCUGAAUAAAGCACACACAAACUUGGAUACACAGCGGGUGAAUUAUGAGUCCCUACUGUCAAAUCUACAGCAAUUGCAGGACGAGAACGAUGCUUUCAUCCAGAAGAUCAAGGCGAUUCGUGUGCAGGGUACUGCUGCUGAGUUGGAACAGUUCAAGGACUCCGUAACACAACUAAGAGAACUAAGUCAGGAAGCUGAACAUAUCAGAGGCGCGAUCAAAACAACUCAUCUCGAGAUCAAACACAUUGAGGAUCAAGUCUUCGGAAAAGCUCAAAACAACGACGGCGAAAAGUCACGACGCUCGAUCGACGAAUACCUACGAGACACUCGUGGCAUUGCACUAGAAACACUGAGCAUACAUCUCAUCCCUGUAAAGGCGUCCGUUUUAUCUAGAGCUAUUGACCUGAAGUGCAUUAAGAACCUGACCCUGCUCAAUGUCGGUAAUCAGGGCCCAAUCUGGACAUUGCUCUCCAAAGAGAACAAAGUCUCACCAUUGGCCUUACGGAGUGUCUUUACCGACAAUGUUUCGACCGCAUUCCUCAACUGCAUGUCCCAGCUUGAAGAAUUACACGACUUGUUCUUAUUGGAGCGAAGCACUAAAUAUAAGCCCGAGAGUUUCGCACCACGAACUACCGUCACGAUCGACCAGAUCCGUCGGCUCGUCCUAAAGAAGCACAUGCACUCACUCAAGAGACUCAUGAUCAAGGACGAGUCAAACAGCAGCACCUGGGAUGCAAAUCAGAAGGCAAUGAUACUUAUAUGUAACCGUGGUGUGCAGCUCGAGGAGCUGGCUCUUAGCAUGAAUAUCCAUGCAGUGCACGCCUUCAUGCAGUAUUUCGCUGGACUAGUCAACCUGCGUGCUAUAAACAUCCUUCGAUUCAGGAAUAACGACACAUGCAUAUGGGUCAUGCGGGAGAUUCUGAACUUCAUCGUGGAUAAUCUCUCUCACCAUCCCGAGCUGAAGCUGGAGUGGAUCGCUAUGGAGGACGAUCGUCUCGACAGGGUCAUUCGCCCUACGGACGCAAUUGAAGAAGGUGAGAAGAGAAGAGGCAAGGGCAAAGAAAAGGCUACGGUUCAUCCACAUCACAACAGCAGCAAUCUGCCUGUGCUACCAUCCUGGGGUUCCGAUAGCGAAAGUGAGGAGGACGAUGAUGAUGCCUCGAAUUGUGGAAAGAGGCUUCGACUCAAGACCGUUGGAGUCCUGCAGUUCUAUGAGGUUUGGGGCGUCAAAAUUUUUGAUAAGGAAAUUCGAUCUGGUCGACUAUGAGGUUUAGAGAAACCUCCCAAAUGUGGAGUUGCUUUUGGUGACAAAUGCUACCCAGGGUGCGAUAGCAAGACGGCGCAAACGGCUCAACGGCAAUGCUUUGGGUUUUUGGAUCAGGGCAAACUGGAUGGGAUAAAGAUGAUGAUGGAUAAAUGGGGCCGGUGAAUCUGGACCUGCAUGUAACUUACAGAGCGUCACUUAUUUUUGCACUUUACAUCAUGCAUCUACAGCUUCUUAGUGGUGACUAGGGCAACGCUGAACCAGAAGCGUAAUAAGACAAGUCAAAAUACGAUUCAGUACGUUCAGUCAAAUCAUAUCUUUCCUUUGACGUCG